GCACAUCAGUUCAGUUUAGGUCUUUGAGAAGUGCAGUCGUAUUUAUCUAUAAAAAUGCGGAUAGGAUAAAAAAAAGUGUAAAACAUUACAUAAAUAGACUUUAGUGAUUAAAAUAAUAUAUUUCAUUUAUGUAUAUUGAUAGUAUUGGUUGAAUAAAGCAAUUCAUCGGUUAGUGGCACCUUGAGAGCGGGUUUUUUUUCCAAUCGUAGGUUUUUCCUUGUUUUGUGUUUGCAAGAUGAGUUUGAGUUUUUGUUUCGUGGUUUUUUUAGCGAUAUUCACACAAUCAGCGAAAUGCCAGACAUAUUUGACAUCGGAUAUUAUACAACAGAUUUUCGGCGAUGGAAAAACCCCACCAGCACCUCAGGCAGGGCAAGCUCCUGCUUUAUCUCCAAACAAUACACUACAAGACAUAGAUUAUUCUGAUACCACGGACAACUAUAACCCCGCACCAGCUGACUUCGAUAGAUUCGAUUGGACUCUUACUAAGCGUGUUGCCGCAUCUGCAGAUAAUAACUUCCUUCUAUCGCCUUUGGGCUUGAAGUUAGCACUGGCUAUUCUAACUGAAGCGGCUACCGGAUCCACGCAGGCGGAACUCGCCUCCGUGUUAGGCUUUGACCUCGACAAGGCUCUAGUCAGGAAGAAAUUCGCUAGCAUAUUGGAUUCCCUGCAGACGAAAUCCUCUAAAUAUAUUCUAAACAUGGGAAGCAGAAUAUACGUCGGCGAGAAUGGUGAAUUGCGUCAGAGAUUCGCUGCUAUCGCCGAGAACUAUUAUAGAACUGAGCUGGUCAAGAUUGACUUCACCAAACCAGUUGAGGCGGCCAGUUCUAUCAAUGCCUGGGUCGCUAAUACCACACAAGGACGUCUACCAAAUCUAGUUAAUUCAGAUGACGUAGCAAACAUUGCUUUGUUGGUACUCACCACACUGUACUUCAAAGGCACAUGGGUCCAUCAAUUCACUCCCAACGAGACCACAACUCACAACUUCUACGUCACGGCCAAAGAUACUAAACCGGUAGAAUUCAUGAACGUCAGAAACAAGUUCUACUUCACGGAAUCAGCGAAAUUCGACGCCAAGAUUCUCAGAAUGCCGUACUUGGGUAAAAAAUUCGCAAUGUACAUCGUGGUUCCUAACACAUUGACCGGCUUACCGCGGGUUUACAACAGUCUGAGUGACCUGCGCGCCGAACUGUAUAGACUGCAGCGACAUCUGGUAGACGUCUCCCUGCCGAAGUUCAAAUUCGAUUACACUUCCAUCUUAGACAGCAUAUUAAAAGAGUUGGGUAUUCGUCAAGCAUUCGAGGACACCGCGUCGUUCCCCGGCAUCGCGCACGGCCAGCUGGAGCGCAUAAAGGUGUCCAAGAUACUUCAGUGCUCCGGCAUUGAGGUCAACGAACUGGGUAGCACGGUUUACUCUGCCACUGAAAUCACCCUCGAAAACAAAUUCGGCGAAGAGGAAUCCUUCUACGAGUUGGUUGCGAACAGACCUUUCAUGUUCUUCAUACAAGACGAGGAGACCAGACAAUUGCUGUUCACAGGACGUGUCUCCGACCCCAGCAACGCCGACGGCGCUCUUAAAUUCGAAAUGGUUUUGAUUCCUUUUGUCGUUUUAUCACUCCUUUGCUUUCAAAGUCUAGAAUGUCUUACUGGACGCAAACCGCAAAUAUCCCGGUUCAAUUUCUUUGAUACCGAUCUUCUGCAAUUUGCUGUUGAAGAUAAAAAAGGCAAUGUGGUCGUAUCACCUGCUAGUAUCAAAUCUGUACUGGCGAUGUUAUUGGAAGGAGCGGCGGGCGAAACAGCGAUUGAAAUAAGAAAUGCUUUAAGGUUAUCUUCUGAUAAAGAUGAAUUUAGGGAACAACUGAAUGCUUACCUUUCAGUACUAAAGACGAACGAUUCUGCGGUUACUCUACUAAAUUCAAAUGCGAUAUUUGUUGCACCUAAAGUAAGUGUAAGAAGGGAAUAUAUAACAAUUCUGUAUAAAGUAUAUUUGACCGAAGUUCGUGUUGUUAAUUUCCACGAGCCUGUGCCUACUGCUGAUCUGAUAAACACUUGGGUCAGAGAUAACACUAAAGGCUUGAUCAAUACAUUAGUGGAGCCUGAGCACUUAGAUCCUAUGUCAGAGUUGAUGUUAGCCAAUUCGUUAUACUUCAAGAGCAGUUGGCAGCACGCCUUCAAUCCUCAGUUGACGCGAGGCGCUUGCUUCAAAAGUCAGGGCAAAUGUCAAACGGUCGCCAUGAUGGAACUCCAGGCUGGACUAAACUACGCUUAUGUGGAUGAUUUGAGAGCACAUGCAAUAGAAUUGCCUUAUGAGAGUGGUCGUUACUCAAUGUUUCUGCUGGUCCCAUAUGAGCAUGACGGCGUGUCGCAGCUCCUCAGAGAUCUCCCAUACUUCAGCCUGCCACAGAUAGCGAGCCUGAUGGAAGAGACAGAUGUGCGACUACAAAUGCCCAAGUUUACUAUAGACUACAGUGACGAUAUGGCUAAAGCUUUAAGAGCGAUGAAGAUCAAACUACUGUUCACCAACAAAGCGGAUCUCUCCAGCAUGUUCAAUAGUUCGUCGCAAGUUAGCAAUAUAAUCCACAAAGUACACAUAGCCGUUGAUGAAACGGGUACAGUCGCGGCUGCAGCCUCCUCCGCUAUGGUCAUCCCACUCAUAGAGAAUGGUGUACAAAUCCGUGUCGAUCGCCCAUUCCUGUUCUUUAUAAGGGAUAAUAAGUUAGGCUUAGUAUUGUUCGAAGGAAAAGUCGAGGAACCGAUUCCUUAUGUUGAACCUAAACCUGUGACACCGAACGUAACAGAAGCUCCUGUUGUUCCAAAAAAUAUAACAUCUUCAGAGAGAAAAUAUGCGCCGAAAAACUUUAUAUCACGACUGUUCGGUUGACUUGAAGUUUGAUCAUCUUCAAGAAUACUCAGCUGUAGUUAUUAUAAAUAAUGAAUAAAUCGUUGUAAUAUGUUUAUGAUUUAA